AUGGCGAAAGCAGACUACAGUAGGGACUACUACGCCGACUUGGAGCUUCCUGCAUCCGCGGAUGUCAACGAGAUCAAGAAGCAGUUUCGAAAGCUUGCUUUAAAAUACCACCCGGACCGCAAUCCUGGCAAGGAGGCCGAAGUCAACGCCAAGUUCCAAACCAUCCAAGCCGCCCACGAGAUCUUGACCAGCCCCGAACAAAAGUCCAAGUACGACAGCCACCGCAGUCGAAAUGCCUCCCGCUACCCAGGCGCCUCGGGCGUUCGGGGCAACCCAUGGCAGGAUGUCUCGUCCCAAUACCCCGUGCCACCCCGUAGGCCUGGCCAGGCCCCGACCUCGGCCGCGCGCAACACCCAUGCGUCGUCGUCGGGGCCAUCCUCCUCCUCGGCCUCGUCUUCACAUCGCUAUUCUAGCUUCAACGUCCCACCAUCUGCAAAGACCAGCAAGGAAGACCUCGACUCAAGAUACAAUGCGUGGAAGAACAUGCGGCCAAAUGCAGCUAAGGGCCGCCCUGGCCAAAGUGCCAGCGCCGCAUAUGCCGCUGCCAAUUCCGGGUCGGCCGCCAACACGAGCAGAAAGGCAAACGCAAAUCCUGCCUCGUCUUCUAUGCCACCACCGCCUCCACCUCAUCCCCCCCAGCCCCAGACACCGAUGCCCGCACGCACGGCUUCGCAAAGGCAGAAAGCGAACGCUUCGUUUGGUACCAGUACCAGGCGACCCACGGGCUUCCACCCGCAGUCACAGAUGGGCGACGAACCGCCAGCUGCAAACACGAACAACUACUUUACCAAUCGGACACACACGAGCCGGGGAUACUUUUUUGGCGAGCAGCCAGAUCCGCCGUCAAGCACCGACCAUCCCACCCCCGAGCCGCGAAGAGCAUCCGCCUCGGCUGCAUCAGAGCCAGCGAAGCCUGAGCCCCGGAACCUGUCCGACGAGUCUCUCUUUGACUCUCGCCAGAGCACACCAUAUCAAACCCACGGCGGCGAGAAGUUCAAUCCGUUUGACGGUGUACGUAUGACGGCGGAUCUGAACCGGACGAAGAGCUACCGCUCCGUCAACCCGCAGGCAGCAAGACCCGACUUUCGCCGCCGAAGCUCAAGUCUUCCCGACGAAUCAGACAAUGCCACCAAGGCUGCGGCCUCUGCGAAGAAGAGAGCAGCCGGCGGCGGAACGGGCGCGACGACAUCGGCGGCAGCUGCUGGUGCGGCGGCUGGGGUUGCGGCAGGAGUCGCAUACGAGGCAGCAGCGGCCUCGCACUCGCCGUCAGCCAAUAGCGCCAAUACUGGUGUUCCUCGGUCGAGCGCCCGGUCACGGUCAGGCCCCACAUCAAAGGCCUCUCGUCCCGCGACGUCUUCACAGAUGCCCCAGUUUGAGGAGCAAUACCAGAGAAUGCAGGGGGACCAACAGCAGCAACAGCAGGAGCAACAGGAACAACGGUCCAAUCACUUUGCGUCGGUUAACAACAAUGCCGCACAAAACACUGGCAACCCACAUAACAUCAACACCCCACAGAACGACAAAAGCAAACCUAUUUUGUAUGCCACCCCUCCUUUCUCCCAGGACCCCAAGCAAGCAUCGUAUAUGUCAGCAAAAAACGUACCUAGCAGGGCAUGCAGUGAUGGAAUUGCCAAUGCCCAGCGGCAAAUGGCAUCCAGAAAGCAUAUAAUAAGCUGGUUUCAUUUCAACAGCCACACACCUCCUGAAUCUGACUGGCCUGAGCCGAAGCGGCGAGCCUCUCACCCUACGGAGUCUUCCAGUGGAGACCCGAGCAAGAACGACAGCAAAUCCUUCAAUAGUGGCUACAUGGCAGGCAUGAACGCUUUUGAAGCAAAACAAUUCAACAUUAUUCAGGGCCUCGUCGACAACGUCGAGGUGUACAAGCCUUCGUCCCGAGACUCCAAGUCCGAGUCCAAGGCCGGUCAUGCGAAGUCGGCAGGCCAUGCAGUACCGAGAAAAGCGGCGGCAGUAGGCAGGGAAUAUGGACUGCCGGAAGAUGGCGGUCGCAACCGAUUUUUGAAUGCACCUGUCCCAAGCUGCAGUCUCCCCCAAGUCCAAUUUUUCACUAGUGAUCUUUAUCGUCCUAUUCAUGCUAACGGUGCAACCCGUACUUUCAGCUCCAACCUUUCCCUCGACGAUGACGUUUUCAGUGUGCCUAGUACGCCGUCCGACCAAGAGCGGACCAAUCCGUUCACGCGCAGUAGUGUCGAAGAUAUCAAUACGCGCUUUGUCUCAGGCGAGAAGGCCAAUGCAGCCUGGGCAUUUAGCGCCGGAGGCAGCGAGGGCGAGUCGUACGGAGAUUUCCCGUCCCGGGUCCGCCGCUCGCAGUCCGGCAGCCGUCUUGGCCGGCGGUCGCCCGGAAAAGGUAACUCGAUUCCGAAGCCAGAUGGUAGCGCACCCCAACCGCCUCCCCCACCCCCACGGCCACAACAGGUUCCUACGUCACAAGACCCAAGCCCAGUGUCUUCCACCAUUGGCACGGCCGAUGGGGACUCUGGCAAGACGAACGACGCCACCACUGGUACCAAAGGCAAUACGACAACGACGACCAACUACUUCAAUGCCGGACGAUGGGCCGAGCAGAUUGGCUCGGAACACUUUGUGCCAUGGACUGCACAACAGCCGCCCAACCUGCCGCCGCGGCAGUCCACCCCCACUCAGCAACGGGCGCGUCCUAUCAAGAAGCCCAAACCGAUUCAGCGGUCCAACACGACUGCGCCUCGCGAAUACAUUGUCAUUCCCGACGACGACGACGAUGAAGAGGGCGGCGGGUCCACAGCGGAAAAUGAUGUAGGCCAUAAGACCCAGCAGCAGAGCCAACAGCAGCCUAUUGAAGUAGAGGCAGACGUCAGUGGCUUUGCCAGUCCGACCGCCAUGGACAUUGACUCUCCCCCGGCAACGGAAACUACCUUUCAUGAGGCAGGUCCUGGGGAGCGGAGAUCGGGAGUCGCGUCGUCGGGGACCGAUACGGCUGGAGGUGCUCCUCUCUCGAGCCCUAACCCACACGUGGAAGGCGCCCGGAAAAUUCCUGUGGAGCCUACACGUCCCGAAUGGAGGGCGGGGGAUGUGAACAAGCCUGGCACCGCUUCAACAGCUGCUGCUGCUGCUGAUGCCGCCGCAGCCAGUGCUGGCACAGCCUCCGCCCCGAGACCAGUCCCGAACGCUGGCGCCGACCACGUUCGUGGCUCUGAAGAUUCUGAGGAGUUCCGCGCCACGUUGUCGGACAUUCACAAAGUUGAGCCGUUUGCGGAAAAUGCGCCAGGCAUCCAGGGCUAUGCCGGGACGGGUCUCGGAUCCUUUGGCGACCUCCAAAGCAACUUGCCAUUUGAGAGCAAGGCGGCGUCGGCCGCGGUUCCGGUUCCUCCCUCCUCGAUGCAGGGCGGCGGCAGCAGCGCCGCACGCGUUGCUCGUAGCCGCAGCCGAUCGCGCAAAAACAUUACGUUCCCCAAAGCGCCCGUCGCACCGCACCCGCCGGCCGCUUUGGGCGUGCCCGGCCUGCAGCCGACGGCUGCGGCGUGGGACAAAUACGUGACCGAAUUCCGCCACUACAUGCUUGAGUGGACCGCCUUCAAUAGCUUGUAUGUCGACCACUUCCAGGCGCGUCGCCACGACAUUGAGACGCGUGACGGCGAUUUCGGCUGGCUCGAUUCCGCAGACGGCGACAACGACGGCAUCAACCGCUACCUGGACUGGAUGGAGCAAGACGCAGAAGUGCGCGCGGUGUGGUCGGUGUCGUGCUCCAACCACGACAUGGACGUUCGCAAGUUCAUGGCCUACCGUGAACGGAUGCGGCUGGCAUGA